AUGCAGAAGCUCAAAGUGCUACUUGUGCUAUGCCUCUCAAUCUCAACCUGCCACGUUGCUUUCUCCUUCACAGAUGGGUUGUUGCCGAAUGGGAACUUCGAGCGAGGCCCAAGCCCAUCAGAAUUGAAUGGGUCGGUAGUGACAAAGGCAGAUGCAAUUCCGAAUUGGAUAACUUCGGGCUUUGUGGAAUACAUAAAAUCAGGGCAGAAACAGGGGAACAUGCUUUUAGUUGUGCCGGAAGGUGACUAUGCAGUAAGGCUGGGUAACGAAGCUUCAAUUAAGCAAAAGGUGAAGCUGAUCAAGGGCUAUUUCUACUCCAUCACGCUCAGUGCAGCUCGCACGUGUGCCCAAGAAGAGAAGCUUAACGUGUCAGUGGUGCCAAACAAUGAAAAGAGAGACUGGGGAAUCAUACCUAUUCAAACUAUGUAUGGUAGCAACGGUUGGGAAUCAUUCACUUGUGGGUUCCGAGCAGAUUACCCAGCAGGAGAAAUUGUGAUCCACAACCCUGGCAAAGAAGAGGAUCCAGCUUGCGGGCCUCUUAUUGAUUCUGUUGCCCUCAAGGUUUUGAACCCACCCAGAAGAACCAGAGCCAAUUUGCUGAAAAAUGGAAACUUUGAAGAAGGGCCAUAUUUGUUUCCCAAUUCGUCAUGGGGGGCUUUGAUCCCACCCCACGUUGAGGAUGCUCACGGUCCUUUGCCAGGGUGGAUAGUUGAGUCUCUGAAGGCAGUGAAGUAUAUUGAUUCUGAUCACUUCGCUGUGCCUGAGGGAAAAAGAGCCAUUGAACUUGUUGCUGGGAAAGAGAGCGCCCUUGCACAAAUUGUCAUCACUCAGGUUGACAAGGUUUAUGACCUCACUUUCACUGUGGGCGAUGCCAACAAUGCAUGUGAAGGUUCCAUGGUCGUUGAAGCCUUUGCUGGCAAAGAAACCAUCCAAGUUCCUUAUCAAUCUAAGGGUAAAGGAGGGUUUAUUAGAGCCAAGCUUCGCUUCAAGGCCGUCUUGCCACGUACUCGUAUUCGGUUCCUAAGCACAUUUUACACUAUGAAGAGUGAUAACUCUGGUUCGCUUUGUGGACCCGUCAUAGAUGAUAUAAAAUUGCUUAGUGUUCGUUAUCCCACACAUGCUUGA